AUGGAAAUAAAUGGGAGUCCGUCCAUCAAUGAACCAACCACCUCAUCAGAUGGUCCAUUGCCUAGUAUUCCAAGUCUGUCCCCCAACCCAAGCUCGUCAUCCGAUUCUUUCGAUUCGUCACGGCCAAACUCGCAAGGGAGCAGUGCGACUUCUCGAUCGGUCUCACCCUCACCAAUUCCGAAGAGUGUCCCCGCGAUAGAUAGUCAGGAGUCAGUUGAGCCUCAUGCCUUGCCUCCAAAUCCACCACUCCCAGAAAACAAAUCAGCAAGCCAAUCACAUCGCCAGAAUCACCCCCCAAGAUCCGUACCCCCAGCGCCGACUGCAAGCCCUAGAACGGACCAUGAAGUCUCAUGGAUUUCCCGCCUCAGAUUCCUCAGUCCGAGAAGAGACUGGUUUGCAAAUGGCCUGGGUACCAUAAGUCUCGGGCUUACAUUAAUUGGGAUGGUCAUUUUUGGAGAGCGAACAUACAAACUCGCGGUCUGGUCAGCUAAGAAUGAUGCACUUGACACGUGUGGUCAACUGGACUCUACUGGGAUUCAACUCGGUCCGAAUUGCAAAAAGCUUCUGUCGAACAAUACGGCCGACGUGAUUUUUCCUCCAUAUAGCCACUGGAAACGAACCUUGAAUGCAACACUACAAGCGAGCUCGAGGCUUUUGAAGGCUGGCUUCACGGAGCGGUCUUCUCUCCCAACUGACGGGCCUGGAGAUGACACAGUCAUCUCAACCUUCAACUUCUUGUCAGCAGCGAUCGUUCUCUCUUCUACUGUUAUCAUAGGAGGUCUAUCACUCAUCGUCUUUCGCCACCACUGGAGGAGUGAGGAGGUCUUCACAAGCCCGGUAAGGUCCGAUUGGCAGUUUACACGACACCAUCAAGAAGGUCCAGAGACAGUCAGUGGGGAAGGUUACCGUAUGAUUACGCGCAACCCAGAAGACGAUCACCCCCUCGGGCAGCUACGGCAACGAAUCCGAAGCUCGCAACCUAAUGCAGUAGAGAAUCCAACAGGCGAGCCUACGUGGCAGUCUCGCAAUACUUCUGAAGACACUCUCGUCGGCCCCUUGAAGGAUACCAUGUGGGGCACCUCUAAGGUGUCGCUGACCAACGAUGCAUCCGACGAGAAACAUGAGAACCUCAUUGAGCUGGAGACUGAAGGCCCCAACAAGACGUUCUUCGAUCCCGAGACAGGAGAGUUCAUCCACCUUACACCAUGGAAAAGCACUGGCAAUGAAGAAGUUCAUGGGCUCAAACCGGACGGCAAAGGCAGUAUCAAACGUGCGUUUGCUCAGAUGGCUCUGGGAGCAACUGGUUGGGCAGGUGGCAAAAAUAUCGACGAUCAGCUGGCAGAAGAGCUACAGGCAAACAGCAAAGGCGCAGAGAGGGAUUCGAGUACACUCAAAGCUGGGGAUUGCAUUACUGGGCAUUUGGCAAACGAGGUUCCCUCUGGAAAGCCUACGAUGGUCUGA